CUCUGUACAUGUUCUCUCGACUCUUCUCAGCUUUCAAACCAGCAGCACCUACCGUCCUCCUCGGCCCAGCCACUCAGCCCACCACCACCACCGCACUCAACGCACAGCAGUCGAUCCGCACAAUGGCCACCAACGGAAGCGCAGGAAAGGAGGACUUUGGCACCUUUGCCCUGGGAUGCUUCUGGGGCUCAGAGCACAUGUACCGCAAGUACUAUACCGGCAAGGGUCUUCUUGACGCCAAGGUGGGUUACAUCGGCGGCAAGGACUCGUCGAAGAACCCCAGCUAUCAGGAGGUCUGCUCCGGCAGGACUGGCCAUGCUGAGGCUGUCCUUGUCAAGUUCGACCCAUCGCAAGUGACGUACGCAGAGCUUGUUGAAUUCUUCUACCGUAUCCACGACCCGACGACGAAGGACAGGCAAGGAGCCGAUCGCGGUACACAGUACCGCUCUGCUAUCUUCCCUCACAACCCGGAGCAGGUGUCGGUGGCCAAGAAGGUCACGGAGGAAGUGCAAGAGAAGCAUUUCACUCCCAGUGGCAAGAAGAUUGUCACCACGAUUGAAGAGAGGCCGGUCGGUGCUUUCUUCGAGGGAGAAGACUACCACCAGAGAUACCUCGAGAUGAAUCCAUCUGGAUAUGAGUGCCCCAACCACCGUCUGUGGUGGUAAGGUGAUCGCAAAUCAAUAAUCGUAUUAUAUCAGCCUGGUAUGCUAAUGUACAAGAGUACAUUACGUCUCCUGCUUGAUCGUGUCCUGCUCCCGCUUCUCUGCCGCCCCUUGCAGCUCCUCCUCGAUCAUUCUCUGUAUAUCGUCCUCCAAUGCCUUCUCCUCCGCCUCGUCUACCUGUCCUUCCUGCUCAGCUUCCUUCUUUGCUUCCUUUGCCUCCCAAUCCUCGAGCUCUCGCUCAUGCCCCUUUCGUAGAGCCAGGACCUUGCCCAGCUCGAAUCGAGCUCUUUUGCCCCAGGCGCCACCCGUCUCAGGUCGGAAAGCGGCGUACAGCCUGUAGGCUUCU